AAUCGAAAGUAGUAAAACAUGGGAGAAAUUACCCUGAAGCUUGCAGAAGUUUUUAAAUAUCUUUUACAGAUAGAUAAACAACUCCCGGAUGACACCUGCUUGCAAAGAUUAUUAGACGUCAUUAAAUUGAAUGUACUAGAUAAAGAAUUAAUUUUAGAAGCAUCAGGUUUGAUAGAAUUCCUACAAGAUGUAACUGCUAAAACCAAUGAUAUAGAGUCCACUGUUUUAACUUUCUCGUUAUUGUUGUGUGGUAAUUUAGGAGAAGAUGAAGAUCUUUUUAUCCAAAAUAAAGAUAUUAUAAAUGGUUUAUUACAACAAGUUAAAGACCAUAAUUUAACCACAGAUUCAUCGAUAGGGACAGCUUAUUUUACGUGUUUAUCAAAGAUUGCUCUUCAUAAAAUGGGUGUCAAAUAUUUUUUUGAAAAAUCAGUUAACAUAGAAUUUGCACUUACAGGACUGAAACAUGGUGAAAGUGUUUUUCUACAGACGGCUGCUAAAAAUUUAAUUAAAACAUUAUUAAUUCAUGCACACCAUGAGGACAAAAGUGAAUCUCAUAUUAACAAUUUAUUCAGUCAUUUAAUAACUGAACUACAGAUGGUAAUCACUAAGUCAAACACUAGUGUGAAUAGUAACUAUACUCAGUCCUUGUUGUCCUUGUUUAAUGAAGUGAAUACAACAGAAUAUAUUUGGAAAGCUACAACAGAAAACAACAAAACAAAACUUUUGGAUUCCUACUUCUCCCUCAGUCUUACAGCAUCUGAUAAAGUUACAGACAUGGCACUGGAUAAUUUGAAAUCAAUUUUGACUAGUUUAGAUGAUGCAUACAGAAAUGGCUUUAUGGAAAAAACAGUCUUAAAAGAAUUAAAGACUCAUGUGUCAAUUGAUGUGGUUCGUGUUCACAAAAUAUCCUGUUCUUUAUAUCAAUGGUGUGAAAAUCUAAAAGAUUAUGUUGAACUACCUUUAAGGAUAUUUUCAUCCCAAGAUAAUGAAUUUACCGUAACUGUGAACAAAAAGCUGAAAAUGACUAAACAAAUAUUUACAACAUUGAUUAUACAGUUUAUAUGUGUCCGGACAACAGAAAAUUAUUGGUAUGAUCAGUUAGAUUUCAUGAUGAAAAUAAUGAAUGUUAUUCAAGGGACCUGUGAAGAUGAAGAAUUUCAAUAUCAAAAUUAUAUUAUCAACAAUACUAGAUUAAUGGCAAAAUUAUUACAAUGUUUACAUGAUAGAUUAGAAUUAUAUGGGAGACUAAAGGGAGACUACUCAUGCAGACUUUAUAAUAUAUUGGUGGACACUAUAACACAAAUGCAGAUACCAACCACUGCGUACAAGAAGUGUAUGGAUUGUAUUGUGUUGUUACUGAUGUCGGAUGAAUUAUGUACAUUAGAUAUAAAGAGAUUAGUAUCUAUGUUAGAGAUUAAAUUAUGUGAUUUAAAAUGGGAGAUUAGAGACACAACACUAGAAAUAAUAAAUCAAAUCAUUAUUCCCUUGAAAGUGACCAGUCACAGUCCCUCUAUUAUUACUUUAUGUAAAUCAUCAUGGCAGAGUUUAUCAGAUGGUAAUAGUUAUGUCAGAGCUAGUGUUAUAACUCUUAUUGGAACUCUGAGUACAACAGGUGAUCUGUUUCACAAGUUUUUGGAAUGUACCAACAUAAAAAAGCUUGAUAUUGUAAAUAAACUGGUCACUGUUCUACAGACGGACAGUGAGGCUUUCCCUCGAAGAUCAGCUGUAAAAACACUUCAACUAUUAAAUAAGCAUGGUCUUCUAGAAGAUGAUCUCAAAACCAAAAUACAAGAAGUCAUGAUCAGUUCUAUGAAUGAUUUUGAUUGGGAAGUAAAAAUUCAUAUCUUAGACUUUUGGGAAAGUAUUUUUGUGCUGGGUACAUCAAACAUUGAAACUAAUGGCAGCAUUCAAAAUGGUACUGUGCCACCAUAUGCACUGGAACUACCCAGUUCUUCUCACAAAGCGGGUAACAGUAAGCAGAAAGCCAUAGAAUCUCUCCUAAAUUCCAAAUUUUGUGAAGCAUUAUUAUUAGGUUUUAACGACUAUGAACAAUCGGUUUGUGAAAAAGCUUCAGUCAUCAUCAAAAAAUUUCUAACAAUUGUUCAUGAUGACAUUGAGUUCACGACACAGAAUUCUUUACUAUGGAUAAAGAAAUUAGAAGAUUUAAAUAUGGAGAGUAAGUUAACUACAAGUGAUGAAUAUAACAGAAAUCCUGUAUCUUUAUUAAAUGAUAUAUUAGCUACAGCUGGUGAACAAGAUGAAGACAAUUUUGUUGAUUGUUAUUAAUAAAUGUGUAUAUAUUAAAACUCAUAGAAUAUUUGUUUUAUUUGUGUAUAUUGUUGGGGUUUUAAGCAGUGAAUGUUAAGUUAACUUAAAGCAACCACGUCCAGUCCAGUUUAAACCUACCAUAUCAUAAUGGCCAUCUACAAACUUAAUGAAUUAAACAAACCUUCACAUUUGUCAAAUAUAACAUUUGAAACUCUAAGUGGAUGCUCUUUGAAUCUUCUGAAAUUGAAUUCUUUUAAUCGUUUGAAUGAUGUCAAUCGAGUAAACACGAUAAUAUCGAGCAACAAGGCAUGCACAAACUGAAUAUGAUACUAAUUCAACCAAUCACCAUAUGAAAUAAGUCCCACUCACUAAGCCACCAUGUCUCCCCCAAUCACCAUCACUAAGCCACCAUGUCUCCCCCAAUCACCAUAGUUGAUUCUGUUGGUAAUCCUGAUUUUUA